AUGAUUUUAAUGGAUUUGAAAAUUCAAGCAAAAUCUAGUGUUAUUGGUUCUAUGAUUUUAAAAUCUGUAUUCAAAUUCAUUGUUAUUGGUUCUAUGAUUUUAAAAUAGAUUUCAAAAUUAGGUGUUAUUCAAUAGUAAGGAUUUGAUUAAGCAUUUGAUUUGAAUUUGGAUUUGAAUAGAUUUAUAAGUGUUUUAGAGAGUAAAAUACAAAGAAACAAAUAUUGAGUUAUAGCUUGUUAUUUUGAAUGGAUUUGUCUUAUAAAUUUUUCUCUAACAAAAAAUGUCCAAUAUCUCACGUAUACAACAAAAAUUUCAAAUAAGCCAUGGCACUUUCAUCAUGCAAUAUUCUAUUAUUAACACCAACUUCCAUUUUUCAGUAGAAUAUGUGAUCGUUUUUAUUUUUUGGGUAGGAGUAUGUCGUUUCUUUUGAACAAAAAGUUAUAUUUCCUGAUUUUUUUUUAUUUUCUAUUAUUUCUAUAUUGAUUUUCCGUUUUCCAUAAUACAUGUGUCACGAUUUCUAUAUAAUCUUCAUUAUACACACAUAAUUUUAUAAACAGACAAACACAUAAAACCUAAAACCAGAAGCAUCAAUGGGAGAAUCACAUCAAGAAACACAAGACUCAUCGCAAGAACGAGAAAAAGGUUCAUAUAUUCAAUGGAGUCCUGAAGAAAAUAAAACUUUGAUCAAUUUACUUUUAGAUGCUGUUGCUUCGGGUUUGCGUGACAGUAAUGGCACAUUCAGCAAAUUUACGGUGGAGAGACGAAUUCUAUCUACUCUCAAUCGAAUGCAUGGAUGCAAUAAAACCUAUCAAUACUACUCAAACAGAAUGAAGAUCUUGAAAACAAAAUAUCUAAACGCGGCUGAACUUCUUCUUUUUAGUUCUGGAUUUGGAUGGGAUUCAACCACAAAAAGGUUUACAGCUUCAAAAGAAGUAUGGGAUGAAUAUCUAAAGGUAAAAAAACAUAAGGCUGUAUUAUUAUUAUUAUUAUUUUCAUUAUGUAAAAUUCGAGGUAUUGCUAUACAAGAGAUACUUUUAAGAGAUCCAAGUUUGCUAUAAGUGAAAAUUUUCACAAAGUAUUGCGAGCUUUAAACCAAAUUUCACCAAGUUUUAUGGCUACCGCCGGACCCGGAACACCUCACAAGAUUAAAGAAAGUACAAAAUUUUAUCCAUACUUCAAGGAUUGUGUCGGAGCUAUCGAAGGUACACAUAUAUUUGCAAUGGUGCAAAAAAAAGAUGCAGCUCCUUUCCGCAACAGAAAAGGUGAUAUAUCCCAAAAUGUGUUGGCUGCAUGUAAUUUUGAUCUUGAAUUCAUAUACGUACUUAGUGGAUGGGAAGGUUCAGCUCAUGAUUCAAAGAUAUUAAAUGAUGCUUUAACAAGGAACACUAAUCGACUACCAGUUCCAGAAGAAAAUGACUCUAAGGAUGUAGAAGAUGUUGAAGAAGUUAAUAACAAUGAUGAAGAAAUUCUUGAAACUCAGGAUCAGCAAAGAGAACAUGCCAAUCAAGUGAGAGCCACAAUAGCAACAAAUAUGUGGAGAGAUUUUAUAAAUGUAUAAUAUAUGAAUGUGUUUUACUUUUUAUAUACUUUUUUUUAUUAUAAAGCUGAAUUUAUUGCAAAUCCAUUUGAUUGAUUUUAAAAAUCCAUUUAUUUUGAUUAUGAAUUCCGUAUGUUUGAUUUCAAAAUCUAUAUGUCUGAUUUAAGAAUCAACGGAUUUCUUAAAUCCUAGAAGAAUUCUCAAAUCCAUUAAAAUAGUAGAACCAAUAACCCCUACUUAGUUAUGCGUAAAAAAAAUAGACUGAAAUAAUAAUAAUAAUUAUAUAAUGCACAAUAAAAUGGGGAAAUAUAUUAAAUGAGCAAUUUUCAAUAGAGAUUACAUUCUUCAUCUAAUAAA